AUGGUGGAGAAGCGCUUCCGCCACCUUCCGGUGCUGCCGCCGUCGGGCAGCUCUCCCGUGGUCGGGAUCCUCGACAUGCGCGCCUGCUUGUACGACGCCAUCGCGCGGCUCGAGCGGCACCUGUCGCACGUCUCUUCGGCGAUGAGCUCCGCCCUCUCGCGCUCGGGCCUCACCGCCGCGGCGGCGGCGGGCACCGUCGACAGCCUCGUCUCCAAGCUCUUCACGCCGACCCUCUCCGAGGACGUCGCCUUCCGCGCCGUCGCGGCGGGGCUCGACGCGGGCUCGGCGGUGGAGGGCAUCAUGACGCGCCGGCCCGACUCGAUGCCCGCGAGCACGACCGUGCUGCAGGCGCUGCACCAGCUGCAGUAUGGGGGCUAUCGCCGCAUCCCAGUCGUCGCCGAGGACGGGGCGCCCGUCGGCGUGCUCGACGUGCUGCAGCUCGUCGAGGCGGCCCUCUCGCGGCAGGCGGCCGCCUCGCACGGCUCGCAAGGCUCGCCCGGCGGCGGAGGCCCCUGCGACGCGCCCGGCUGGCGCGGCUUUUGGGACGGCGCCGAGUCGCUGGUCGGCGCGCCCCUCUACCAGCCGCCCACGCGCAAGACGCUGGGCGAGGUCCGCACCGCUAUUGACUUGUUGCAAAAAGUCUCGCUCUCGGUGCUGCAAAAAACGCAAAAACUACCAAAACGCUGUCACGGCCAGCUCGGCACUAUCUACUCAAAAAAGUGA